AUGGAGGAGACCUCCUUUGAAAUCGUGGAGUAUCUUGUUGGAGCAUUGGCAGACAGGCGGAAGCGCCUGGCCACCAUUGCUCUCAAACAUUUGCCAUGCAAGACUACACCAUUCUUGGACCUCUCUUGCGAUACCGUUUUGGAUGCUGAUGCGUCGUUAUUGACAGAGUUGCUUACCAAGCACAACAUCGCAGUACCGUCUAGCUUGCAUGUUCCGGAGGGGUGGAACACCAUAUACCACUUACUAGAGGAUUUCUAUAACACAGUCGACCAAAGCAUGACACUAAAGGGAUGCGCCGAAAUAUUUUACAACGCCGGCUUCCACGACAUUCACCGACUUGACGGUCGGAACAAGAGUCUGCUUAUGAUGCAGCUUAUCUCCACCCAUCCAAAAGACGUUGCACAGUUCCAUCUCUGGCUCAUCAGUAAAGGCUUGAGGUUGGAUCACAAGUCACAUCGCCUGACGGAGCUGAGAGAACAAGUACCACACAGUCCGGCUGCACUGUACGUAAGCCGAAAUCUCACUGAAAAUAUAUGUAGACACUGGAUAUCUGCGUUCUUUUCCCGCAGGUCGCGGCUGUUGAAAAACCAAUGGCAAAAGAGUUUGGAGGAUGAAGAGGUUUGUAUGCUUCUAAAGAUGCUAGUUGAUGAGACUGUUACUGAUGAUUGUGUCUGUGGUUGCUCUCUGCAUGGCUGCUCUGCGCUGACUGAGAUCUUCAAAGAGGCUGAGCACUGUGUCCAUGGGCUUGCGCGGCGUGGAUACAUCCCCGAAGAUUACACGGUCGCUAGAGGUCAUUUUCUCAAAUACCUUAUCGAAUGGCUGGACAGAGCAAAGACAGACACGCGCGAAGGUUUCACCACCGACGUUGUCCGGAUCAUGACCUUCCAAAGGCUUCUUCUAACGCAUACGUGUUGUACCUGGACAAAAAGAUACAGGUCUGACGAUUUCGUCAUUUUCAACGCUGAAGACCGAGACGACAUCCGUGCGGAGGAGUCAGAAGACCUGGCCAUGCUCGAGUCGCUCAUGGAAGAAUUUGAAGAGGCCUUCCGAGAGCUGAAGCUUCCUCUACCGGAGUUUCUCAAACAAUACUGGGAGCCGACAAUGGCUGAAGUCAUGCAACCAGGAGUACUGGAUAGAGACAGCGCGGCCAAGAUAGCCGAACUGGGCGUCGUGCUGCAACCCAUACCAACACCCAACUCUGGAUCUACGGUGCCAACCAUCCGAAGAUUCAGGCCGGGAGUGAACAAGGACUUGUCAUCGCCUCCGGGCAGUGCGAAGACACCUACGACAAACGGUCAGAAACAUCGGAGGCGCAAUUCAUGCUGA